AUGAGUGACCAGCUAUGGCCCGAGCGUCUGGACACCCCGGGACUCAUCCCGCAUCAUCUCAAACGCUCUGCGACUGGACAGUUCCCCAUCUUAGAGGUCAUUCAGCGUCUACUGUAUCGACUCCGGCCAAGCGGCAUCGGCGAUCUCGAAAAGCUACUCGCACUCAUCGGUCUCUACCAAGCUAUUCGUCCCGCGUACAAGCAUCUAAAGGAUUUCUUUACAUGGGCCUUUACUGUUCAAGUCACCAUCCCAGAGACCGAUCCAGUUGCUAGAGAGGUUCUGGCGUGGAUGGGCUCGGAGGUGAUACUCAACAGCCACACGAGGAGUGCUAUGCUGGUCACAGGGGGCACACAGGAUCCUAAUGACGAAUUUCAUCGCCGCAUGAUGGCCGCUCAUAAUCCGAGACUGGCAUCCGAAAAAGCUGACGAUGAGGUUUUGUGUCUUCCGCCAAUCGGUACACGACUGUUUUGGGUCGGGUUUCGACCUUACCUAUUCUCUCGCCGAGGUGGUCCUGGCUAUCGGACCAAUAGUGGUAUGACUGGUAACUUGCUCGAUGACAGUGGCCAGCUUCAAAACUCUCUCACUAUCAUGACCCUCGGUUGGAGUCUCAAGCCACUUAAGGAGUUCACUAGUCUCUGCCGCGAGUUCCGACUCAACAACCUCACGGGUACUACAACGGUAUACUUCGCGGGAGACCGCACAGAUCCAUACGGUAACGGUUGGCAGUCGGUCUCCAAAGCCAUUCGAAAGCUCGACACUAUAGACAUGGACGAAACCACCAAAUCUGAUCUGGUCAGAGACGCAGAAUACUACUACAGCGAGGAAUCGCGGUCAUUCUUCGCAGACUGUGGUAUUCCGUAUCGGCGCGGAUAUCUCUUUCAUGGCCCCCCGGGCACUGGCAAGAGCUCGUUCAGCGCGGCAUUGGCGGGUCACCUUGGUUGCGACAUUUAUCACAUCAACCUCUCCACCGGUAGCAUCAAUGACGGAACACUUCACCGCUUAUUCCUAGGGCUUCCACGAAAGUGUAUAGUAGUUUUGGAAGAUAUCGACUCUGCUGGUAUUGGUCGCGAACAAACACCGCCGCCUGCCCUACCAGGAGCACAUGCGCAAGCCGAUGAAACUCUAGGUGACGUCGCCAGUAUUCCAGGUGGCAUUGGUCCUCUGCCAAAACUUCGGACUCGGGAUUACCCUGUGGGCCGUAGAAGUAACACAGUAACGCUGAGUGGCUUGUUGAACGCCAUUGACGGAAACGCCUCUCAAGAAGGAAGACUAUUGAUCAUGACCUCCAAUGCCCCCGAUACGCUUGAUGCGGCUUUGACGCGUCCCGGUCGCAUUGACAAGAAAAUCUACUUUGGCAACAUGGACCCUGGUGCAGGCAAGAGCAUCUUCAAGCGCUUAAUCGGUCGAUCAGCUCUAGCUCAUGAUGCGGAGUUUACCAUGGCACAGAUUGAGGACUGGGCGACUGAGUUCGCCGAUAAGAUGCCUACUAAUACAUUUUCUCCAGCACAAGUGCAGAACUACCUCCAAGGCUGCCGCGGCGACCCUCUCAAGGCCUUGAACGACGUCGACGCCUGGAUCGCAGAGACUAGCCUCGAAACUGAAAAGUCCAACGGCACACGGAACAGCACUCAAAACGGGACACAGAAUGGUACUCAGAACGGCACCCGGGAUAACACCCAAAGCAACGCUCAAAACGGCGUAGGCCUAGUCGUGUCGACCAAGCCCGUCCCAGAUGGUAGUGAGUGA